AGAGUUCAACAAGGUCAUUUCCUGAUCGGUUUGCCGUGGAGUUUUUGGAAAUCUCGUUAAUAAAUCAACAGUAAAAAAAUAUUUUGAAGAACAAAAAUGGAUAUGAUAUAUAAAACAAACUGAACAAGUUGGAUCAGGAAAGACUAUCACAAUGCCUAGAAGAAAAAGGAGCAAAUUGAUUAAAAAUUUACAACAACAUUGGCGUAAAUGGCGUGAUAGCAUUGCAGAUAAGCCCCUUCCGGAUUCAACAAAUGAACCCCUUCCUGAUUCAACAAAUGAACCUCUUCCUGGGUCACAAGAUCAACCUCUUCCUGGAUCACAAGAUGAACACUUUCCUGGAUCACAAGAUGAACCCCUUCCGGGAUCAAUAGAUGAACCCUUUCCUGGAUCACGAGAUGAACCCCUUCCGGGAUCACCAGAUCAACCCCCUCUUGCUUCAAGAGAUCAACUGGAAACUAAUAAUGUUAAAACAUUCCAUCAUUGUGUUUUUUGUGAUGAGAUUUUUAAAGAGUACAGUGAUCUAGAUCUUCACUAUGAACUACACGUGAACAAGAAGAUCCAUGUUGAAGGAGAAAAAAUUGACAGUAUCGUAAAACACCGCAAAAGACAUGUUAAAACGGGGCAAAUUGCUAAUGUUGUAAAACUCCGCAAAAGACAUGUUAAAACGGGGCAAAUUGCUAAUGUUGUAAAACACCGCAAAAGACAUGUUAAAACGGGGCAAAUUGCUAAUGUUGUAAAACACCGCAAAAGACAUGUUAAAAAGGGGCAAAUUGCUAAUGCUGUAAAACUCUGCAAAAGACAUGUUAAAAAAGACGAUAUUGAUAAUGCUGUAAAACUCUGCAAAAGACAUGUUAAAAAAGACGAUAUUGAUAAUGCGGUAAAACUCCGCAAAAGACAUGUUCAAGAAGAAAAAAUUGAUGUGGAAAAACUUCACAAGAAACAUGUUAAAGAAGAGGAAAUUGAUAACUUGAAUUAUUUUCAGUGUAACUUGUGUGAAAGAAAAUUUGAUUUAUACACUGAUUUAGAAGAACAUUGUAAAAUACAUAUGGAAUAUGAAGAAUCUCCUAUCAUAGGACAAAAUGUUAAAGAAAGCGAAUCUAUUGCAAGUACUUUAUAUCAAUGUACAUUAUGUCAAAUUUGCUUUGAGCAAUAUUUUGACCUGGAAGAACAUUGUAAACUUCAUGGAUAUCAAUGUACAGGCAGAGUUAGGUCUUCCAUUAGGUACAUGUAUAUUUAA